UUCUUCAUCUUGUUCCAAUAACGUCGCAGGCCACCAGUCUCUCACCCCUGACUCGGAGGACAUUAUCUCCUGGCCGACCUGACGCUGGACCAAGGGCUAAGGCUUUUACCAGUGGCUACAAGGCUGAAACAAGGGCGAGAGGACUGGGGGAAAAGGGUGGCAUGAGGCCCUGGGGAGGCAUCUUCACCCACAGCAGCCAUGGAUCAAUAAUGUCCUGCGCUCAGUACCUCUCCCAGUCCCUCUCCCAGCGUCGCGGGGCCCAGCACGGCUAGAGAAAAUAAAGAUAAUUCACCCGUGGAUUCCCCCAUGUGUGCCCCGGGGGUCGUGAGGCUCUAGUGGCCCCGGGAGGAAGGGAAGAGAGAAAGAGAGAGUGGUCGAAAGAUGGACCUGUCAGCGCCAUCACGAGUCGAGGUCCCGCAGUGGUCGUGAAAUGAGACGAGGUUUUUAUCGUGUUCCCUCCUCGUGUGAAACCCCCCGACCAUGAGUGGGCGACCCAGAACCACAAGCUUUGCCGACGGGAAUAAAGGGCCGCCAUCUGUAUCCUUCCCGGGCAUGAAAAUCAGUAGUAAAGAUGGGAACAAGAUCACCACGGUCAUCGCCACCCCUGGCCAGGGCUCAGACCGGCCGCAGGAGGUGUCAUACAUGGACACCAAAGUCAUCGGCAAUGGCAGCUUUGGGGUGGUGUUCCAGGCCAAGCUGUGCGAGACCGGGGAGCUCGUGGCCAUCAAGAAGGUGCUCCAGGAUAAGCGGUUUAAGAACCGAGAGCUCCAGAUAAUGAGAAGACUAGAACACUGUAAUAUAGUCAAGUUGAUGUAUUUCUUUUACUCCAGUGGUGACAAGAAGGAAGAGGUGUUCUUGAAUCUAGUUUUAGAGUUCAUCCCGGAGACAGUCUAUAAGGUGGCCCGGCACCACAGCAAGCAGAAACAGACUAUACCAAUCAGCUAUAUUAAGUUGUACAUGUACCAGCUGUUCCGGAGUCUGGCCUACAUCCACUCGCUGGGGGUGUGUCACAGGGACAUCAAGCCACAGAACCUGCUGUUGGACCCCGAGACGGGUGUCCUCAAGCUGUGCGACUUCGGCAGCGCCAAACACUUGGUCCGCGGCGAACCCAAUGUAUCGUACAUCUGUUCCCGCUACUACAGGGCCCCAGAGCUCAUAUUCGGGGCCACUGACUACACCACAAAUAUUGACGUGUGGAGCGCAGGGUGUGUGUUGGCAGAGCUGCUCCUUGGCCAGCCUAUCUUCCCGGGCGACUCCGGGGUGGACCAGCUGGUGGAGAUCAUCAAGGUGCUCGGCACACCCACCCGCGAGCAGAUUCGGGAAAUGAACCCCAACUACACCGAGUUCAAGUUCCCCCAGAUCAAGUCUCACCCCUGGCAGAAGGUGGGUGACCGGGCAUUGCUGACUCGAAUAGCUGAUGCGCCAAACCAUGAUAAAAAGCACCAGAAGCUUAGAGUGUUCAGGCAGAGGACCCCCGAGGACGCCAUCAACCUGGUGUCGCGCCUGCUGGAGUAUACGCCCUCAGCCCGCAUCACCCCGCUCCAGGCCUGUGCCCACAAGUUUUUCGAUGAACUCAGGGAUCCCAAUACCAGGCUACCCAACAACAGGGAACUGCCUCCGCUAUACAACUUUACUGAGCAGGAGAUCAAGAUCCAGCCAGAGCUGAACAACAAGCUCAUCCCGCCACACUACCGAGGCGAGGUGGCCAAUAGUGGCGGCGGCGGUGGCGGCAGCGGCUCGGCGGCCGUGGACUCCUCCGAGGGUGCUGCUGCGGCCCCCGUCAAUGACAACUGAGGCCGCCGCCCCCUGGCCGCCAGACCCCCGUCACCCCUGACCCCGCCCCCCGCCGGGCCCCAGCCUGUACAGAGUCCCGGUGAGGCGGGGCGGCCGCCGGGGCAGGCCGCCGGGCAGGCCAGGAGGGCCAGGGCGGCCGUACCUCACACUGCAGCAGUCUGGCCGCCCGGCCCCGCCCGGCCGCCCCGGUUGCCCGUGUAAAGUGUAAAUACGUCGGAACAUUACUAGCGGAUGACCCCCACCCCUGCCCCCCCGCCCCGCCCCGCCCCGGGACUGGAGACAGCCGGCUGCCCGCCCCCGCCCCCGCCACACCCCGGAGGUGGCGUACUGUUUGGACUUAGUUAGGACGACGUGGUGUUGCACCGAGUCUGUGGGGGAAGCUGUUGUCUGUGUGUGUCUGCCACGCCACCCUCCCAGCGGCUCCCCUCCCACUCCUCCCCCGCCCCGCCCCGCCCUGCCCCGCCCUCCCCUCCCCUCCCCGCCCCAGCAGCAGGUAGUCACCCAGCAGCCAGCCAGCCCAGCCUCUGCUAGCGACGAGUUGUGAGUUGUUGUCUCCUUCAGUUAGUGCCAAUGUUAUUAUACUUGUAGGCUCUCACCACCACCACCACCUUCACCACACCUUCACCACACCUCCCUCACCCCAACACUCCUCCUCCUCCUCCUCCUCCGAGCUGGGGAAUAGCAGAGACGAUGAAAUUGUUAUGCAAGGCUCAUGGAAAAUUUCGCCUUUUAUUUCUUUAUUUGUGCCGAGAGAUGUUUUAAUCCCCCCCCAUUUAGUGUCUGCCUCCUAGACCCCCCUCGACCCCAUAGCAGUUUUACCCCCACCCCCUCCCCCUCCCUCCCCUCCCCUCCCCUACGGUGCUCCCUGACCCCCCCAACAGGCCCUACAGAGAGUGUCGGAAGCCUUGUGGUGUGGCCGCGCGAUGUCUCUGUUUGGGGCUCCUUCACUGAGGCUUUCUGGUUGUUUUCUUGCUUUUUUCUUCCCUCCUUUUUUUUACUUCUCUAACUUCCUACAUUCUUUCCUUCUCUUCCCUCUUUCUUUCUUGCCCUUCCCUUUAUUCUUUCCUUCUAAUUCCCUCACUUCCUUGUUUCCUUCCUUCCUUUCUUUCCUACCUCCAUUUCUCUUCUUCCUUUCCUUCCUCUCUGUUUUUAUCUUCCUCUUCCUUUCUUCUCUCGCUUCCUCUCUCUUCUUAACUUCCAUUUUUACUUCCUACCUUUCCUAACUCCUUCCCUUCCUUCUUUCUUUCUUCCCUUUCUUCCUUCCUUUCUUCCUGCCUUGUACAUAGCAAUCAUUUUAUGCUCAGAGAAACGAGUACAACUUUCUUUUUUUUUUCCCACAGUUGAUAUAUAUCUUCAAGGGUGAUUCUCUUUCUUUCUCUCUCUGUCUCACAAACACACCACCAUUUUAUUUUUUGCAUGUUUAAGGAAAAAUUUGUCUAAUGGAACGGAAAUUUAGGGGUCAUUUUUGUGGCAUUUGUUAGGCUUGACUGAUGGACCCUUCCCUCCUCCUCCUCCUCCAUUACUCUCAUUCUCUUCCUUUACUCCAUCUUUAUUAUUUUUACCUCUUUUAUCUUUUUUCUCUCCUUCCUGUCUUUUGCAUCCUCACAAGAAAAUGAUGUGUGUGUAUGUGUGUGUGUGCGUGUGUGUGCGUGUGUGAGUGCAUGCGUUUAUGUGACCAGAAACGCAGUAAUAUGCCGUUUAAUUAUCCCUCUGGUCCCUCCUCCUCCUCUCCUCGGCCCUCCCCCCCUCUCCUCCCCUCGACUCACAGCAGCUUACGGGAUUAAAGAACAUUGUGGUAGGGAGCAACAGUUGGGUGAAGCCUUAGAGGAACACAACACCGGGCAUACCAACCUUCGGGACUUGACUAGCAACACCCACGGAGAAUUAUUUGACAAGGGGAACGUAUGAAAGGACAGUGCUCAUUACAUUUCAGAGGCUUUUGUUGAAGAAGAAGGAAAAUAAAUGACAUAGAGAGAGAGGGACAAAAUAUAGUAGAAUGACAAUCCACAGUAAAAGAUCAGAGGCCCGCACCAAGAAUGGUUUGACAAGGGUAACAUAUGAAGGGCAGUUCUCAUACAUUUCAAAACCUUCUUAUAUGUCGAUGAAGGAGGAUAAAUAAUAAUAAUAAGAGAUUGAAGAAGCACUGACAGGCUUGCAGCACACACCAAGAAUGAUUUAGCAAGGGGAACAUGUAAGGAACAGUUCUCAUUACAUUUCAAAAGCUUCUUAUAUGUUAAUGAAAGAGAAUAAAUGCCUGAGGGAGAGUCACAAUACCUAAAGAACCACUGACAGGCUCGCAACACACACACCAAGAAUGAUAGCCAUGCCCGACCUCUCCAUCUUCAACAGGGAAAUCACACAUGAAAACCUGGUUAGUCUUCUCCUUGGGAAACGGGUGUAAUGGGAGGGGUCAGUUUACAUUAGAGGAGCUUCAUGCAGACUUAACAAUGGCAGGGAAUGUGUGAGUGAGUGAGGGAGGCAUGGGAGACUAAGGAAAUUGAUAGGGUGAGUGUGGGAUGUGUGGAAAGCUAGGAAAUUCAUGGGGUGAGUGUGAGUGAGUGAGGAAGGGAGGCGUGGGAAGCUAAGGAAAUUUAUAGUCUUUAAAUCAUCACAGUAGAGUAAAAACCCACACUUUAGGAGGACUCUCGAGGUCUGCUUUCGGUAUUUUAAUCCUAAGAUGUGACGGAGAUGGUUGGCGCAGCCCGUCGAGAGGUUUUUAUUGUAUCGUUAAGGUUUUUUUCUUUAGCCAUUUCUUGUUUUAGCAGCGCAGACAUUGGUGGUAAUAUUAUGGCUGACCAAUAAAUGUUGAACUCGCUAACGCAUCUCAGUUUCUCAUUUGACGGAACCCAGAUUUGUUAUUUUCCCUUUUUUAUUUCCUGGCAAUACACAAAAAAAUAAUGUGGUAGAUCAUUAGAUAUUUAACCUAAUGACAUACAAAAGCUUUCUCAUCCUGGAAUUGUGCAUUUUUACCAUAAGACGAGAGAUUGGUUUUGCUUUUCUUUCUUAACUUGGCAACACAAAAUCUUGCUGAAAGUUAUAUGGAAGGUCUUUAGAUAUUUAAAGUCUAUUGACACACCAAAGUUUACCAUCUGAUCCUUUAUUUUGCAUUUUGUGAUGAGACAAAAGGUUGUUUUUGCUUUUCUUUCUUAACUUAGCAACACAAAAAAGUCCUUAAAUUAAUAUGGAAGGUCAGAUAUUUAUUCAACCGACACACCAGUUUACCAUCUGAUCCUGGUAUUAUGCAUUUUACCACAAGACGAAAGGAUGUUUUUGCUCUUUUCUUCAUAUAACAACGCACAAAGAAAUGGUAGCAAGAAAUUGGCUGAGUGAUCAAUACUCAGUUUGCUAACACACCAAAGUUCUCUUGAUUUGUGUAUUUUACCUCAAAACUCUACAUAAUUUUACCAGUCCAGUUUUAUGUAUCCUCGUGCUCAGGUCCAUGAAUACUGUCCCUCCUCACCCCUGCCGUCCCACCCCUGUCCUCCCUCCCUGGCAAGGCUCUGUCAUUGGUGGAGGUUCUUGCUGACUUCCAAGCCAAAAGGAAUCCAAAUAUAUCACCACAAAGUAUCCCAGAAAUGAAGCAGACACAACACAACCAAAUUACAACAUCUGUGGAUUCAAAUAUUCCCUGGAAAGCCUCCAAGGUGGGGAAGCAGUGGCCUUGGCAAUCCUCCUUUCCUUCUGUUCUUUCAUCCCUCAUAUCUCACACUUAACCACCACCACCACCACCAUCACCACCACUCUCAUUUCUAGUUAUCUGUUAAUCUUUCCCCGUGCUUACUCCUAUCCACCCAGUCCUUGUUCAUCCCCUUCCUGGUAAAGGCUUGAGUCACCACCACCAUCGCUAUAUAUUAUCCAUGGUAUAUAGGGGCCAUCUUGUCAAUGAGAGAGAGAAAGAGAGUGAUUUAGUUUGGUCUAUACACACACACACACACACACACACACACACACACACACACACACACACACACAGACUCACGCGCACACACACUCGCAUGUUCUUGCAUCUUUUGACUCGAGUGAAUCAGUUGAUGCAGAAUGACUAGUGUUGCCACCAUCCAACCUCCCAACAUAACCUAGCCAAACCAACCCCCGUCAAACCUAACCUAACCUAAUGCAGUUUAACCCAACCUAACCUAACCUAACUCGGCUCAAUCUAACCCAAACCAAACCAAACCCUUCUCAAACCAAACUAACCCAAACUAAGCCUAACCCAACCAUACCUCACCUCACCUCACCUCACCUCACCUCACCUCGCAUAAUCAAGCUUGCCUUUAAUUUUUUUGGUUAAUAUCACUAACAUGACAAGACUACUAUAACCAGCCCCUCCCUUUCCCUCCCUUCCUCCAUAUCUCCCUGCCUCCUUCCCCACUCCAUUGUCCCAUGUUAACUGGCUACUCCCUCCCUCCCUUCCCUGCCUCCCCAAGCCACUGUCUAGUAGGAAGUUCUUGCAAAGCUGGGCGUGUGUGGGAUUUUGCCGUUAACAGAAAUAAUAAUAAAGAAGUCAUUUUUGUCAUCCUCAAUUAUAUCACGAUUACAAUUAUUAUUUAUUAUUAUGAUUAUUAUUGUUAUUAUUAUCAUUGUUACUAUGAUCUACUACUACUACUACUACUACUACUACUAUUACUAUUAUUAUGUGGCUUGUUGACUCAAUAGAAUGAAACACACUUGUGCAGACUCAGUAUAUAUAUAUAAACAUAGGAAAUGCAACAGCGUAGUGAUAGACGUAGGCAGGCAACAGCAACAAAAAAAUAUAUAUAUAAACCAAAAAAACGUACCUAAAUAUUAUACAAAAAAUAAAUAAUCGUGUUUUUUGCGGCGGGUGGGACACACUGACGAUGAAGGUGCAGUUUUGGUGAGCUGGGACGUGUGUGUGUGUGUGUGUGUGAGAGAGAGAGAGAGAGAGAGAGAGAGUGUACGUUUGUGUGUAUGUGAAAGAGAUAGCGACUUCUUAAUGUGUGUUUACUGGUGAGCUGGUGUGUGUGUGUGUGUGUGUGAGAGAGAGAAAGAGAGAGAGAGAGAGAGAAAGUGUGCAUUUGUGUGUGUGUGAGAGAGAGAGAGAGAGAGAGAUAGACUUAAUAUGUGUUUUCUGGUGUGCGUGUGUUUGUGUGUGUGCGUAAAACAGAGACCCAAGUUCACACACCACCACCACCACUACCACCACCACCACAUAAAAUAGCAACAACAAAACAACAAAAACAAGACCAGUGGCUCAUCGUUCGUCACAUUUGCUCAUUUUUUCCACGGUGUCAAUUUUUCAUUUUAUCCGUGUGUUAAUUUUUAGACUCCUCAACUCUGUAUCUGAGAGAGGUCAACGUGGCAGUUUUUUCCCCCAGUGACGUAAAGAAGAACUGUUUUGUGUAGUUUUAAGUCUCCGAAGGGUUUACUGAGCGCCCGAGAAGUCACUGGCUAGCUGUUGUUUUUCCUCGGGUGUCAGGAAGUUCAGUGUGCUAAGGAUGUUGAAGUGUCGGGAACCUUAAACUGAAGAGGUAAAAAGGUGAUAUGGUGAAGUACAUUUGCACCCUCCUACCCAUCUCGUAUAUCCUUUCCUUCCUGUGCCCUUCCUCUAUCCUUCAAACCAUCCUUCCUUCCUUUUCGAUAAUGAUACAAAACACACACCUAUCCUAUAUAUCCUUUCCUUUGUCCUUCCAACCAUCUUUCCUUUCAUCUAUUUCACUUCCCCUUCUUUCUGAUAUAUCCUUUUGUUCCCCUAUCCUUCUUCCUUCUUUUCUUUCAUUCUGUCCUUCCCUCUCUUUCUUCCUCCACCUCAUGAAAUCAGAGAAACGUAAUGUAACUGUCUCUCCGAUAUCCCUUCCUCCUCUUCCUGUUUCCUCCAUCCUUCCUUAUUUCUUCAUCUUCGUCAUCAAAAGAAUCUGAGAUUGUCAUGUGAAAUAACUAAAUACAGACCUCAUAUGUCCUCCUCCUCCUGCAUCUGAGCUGCUUCACGCCCCCAAGAGCUUAUUUCUUGUACUGUUGUUGUUUAUGAGGACACCAGGGUAGCUGAAGAGCCUUAGAGUGAGUGUUGGUGGCACAAGAUUGCCUUGUGACAACCUAGUGAGGAAAUGCAUCAUGGUGUGUGCCUACAAGUGCCCUACGCAUUAGUGGUUGAGGAGACACUAUGGACCUUCUGAAGCUGAGAGUAAAGAUAGAAUUGGUGUAUGUGAGUGUUAGUUGGGUAAGAGGGAAGCUGCCCUUUCUCCAGCCUGUGUCACAGUUUGUAGGGCUUAAAAUACUACUUGUUCACAGCCCAUAAAUGUUGACGUGGAAAUAAUGAAAGUCGAAAGGUUACGUGGCUUGUCGAUGUUAUUGGUUUGUUCGUUCUGAAUCCAAGAAGGAAAGAAAUAUGAAAGUUUUGAUGCUGAAAUGAAGAAAAUUGAAAUGUUAGGUGAUUCGGCAAUGUUAUAAGUUUUGGCUUUCUGAAUACAAGAGUGAAGGAAAUAUGAAAAGUGCAGUGGAAAAGAUUUGUUUGGUUGAGAAAUUUGGACGUACUGACAUCACUAAGGUUGAAUCAAAGUAAAAUUGGAAAAUGGAUAAAAUGGUACAUGAAAAGUUUGACCAGAUUAGGUUGACAUUGAUGGAAUCCAAGAAGGAAAGAAAUUAGAAAGUGAAUCUGAAACCAAAAAUGAAAGAAAGUGAAUUGAAAAAUUUGGCUGCAUGAGAAAUUUCAUGUCAACAGAAACCAGGAAGGAAAGAACUUUGAAACUAGACAGAAAAUUUGGUUUAGUUAUGAAAUCUGAAACCCAUAAGAAAAUUGGAUCCCCUGAUAUCGCAAGCUAAAGUUUUCACACGACGAUCUUGAAUUGUGAAACUGACGUGAAAUUAAAGAAUGAAAAUGAUGGGAUGAAUGCAGAGCAGAGUGGUGUGAGUGGCCAAAAAUGUGAACCAAAUUGACAAGAAAACAGGAAGAGAUGAAUGAAUAUAUGUUGACGUGAAGCGUUGAGAAAUGUGAACGGAACGAAUGAGAAAAUGCAGCACAAGAAUAAGUGUUAUGAGAAUAUCAGGACGAGGAAAGUGUGUUAUGAAUGACAGGAACAGGAAGAAAAACAAAGUCAACUGUGAACAAGCUGACACACAAAGAACAACAGCACUAAUGAUAAUAAUAUACAUCACAAUAUCAAUACCAAGAGAGAGUGUUAUGAAUUAGAAGACGUUGGAAAGACGGAACUCAGGACAAAUGUUAAAUCUAAGCAGUCCAAUACAUAAAAAAGGAAUAAGGAAUCUGCCGCUCGUAAAUAUAAAAUGAUGAAAAUGCAAAACAGAGAAAGGAGAAAUAGAAUGAAAGAAAAUAUAGUACAACUUACAAAUGAGAAAAAUGUAAAUAUGAAGUAGAACAGGAGAAGAAAUAGUACAACUCUGAAAAAAAAAAAACGAUGCCAAGACGAAUUAGAAAAGACAAAAAUAGAACAAAAGAAAAAUAUACAACCCGGGAAAGAUAAAUCAUACAAGCACAGCAACAUCAUAAAAAAAGAGUAAAAAUAACCACAAAACAAACCAUGGAAAGAAAAAGAAAACAUGAACUGUGUCUUGUAAAUGAAGUUAGUCUACAUGAGAAUAAUCUUGUCAAAAUAAAUGCCUUGUCGGAGGAGGGGGAAGGGGACCAGGGAGGAGGGAGGGGAGGGAAGAGGAGAGAGAAAGAAAGCUAGUGGAAGGACAUGAAAGAAAAUAUAAAAAAACUAGGGAAAGAAAAAUGCUAGACAACCAAAUAGAGGAAGGAUGAAGAAGGAGAGGUAAAAAAAGAAGGGAGAGGAAGAUAAAGUAAUAUGGAAAAGAAGGAAGAGAAGUUUGAAAGUAGGAAAGUAGGAGAAAGGAAAGAGGAAAAGUUUGAAAGUAAGAAAGAGAAAGAUACAGGAUGAAAAGAGAGUGAGAAUGAGAAAGGGAAUAACAAGGAAAGGUACGAGAGAAAGUAAGAUAGCAAAGGGUAAAGUUGGGUGCAUAGUAUGAGAAAGGAAAAAGAAGAAUAGAAUGAACACAAGAGAGAGAGAGGAGAGGAAGGGGAGGCUAAGAGAAAGAAUGAGAAGGGGAAUAAGGAAAGGUACAAGAGAAAGUCAGAUAGCAAAGGGUAAUGUUGGGUGCAUAGUAUGAGAAAGGAAAAAGAGUAGAAUGAACACGAGAGAGAGAGAGGAGAGGAAGGGGAGGUUACACUGGGUCUCGACGGGUCUGGGUGGGUCUGCCGGACGACUUACGGGAAGCUUUACACGUGAGGCUUACAGAGGCUUAGGUUCAAGGCUGCUGCUGCUGCUGACGAUGAUGAUGCUGUCGCUGCGAUGGCUGCUGUAUUAGGCCGACCAGGGACAGUGUGGCAAUGAUAGGAUGUAGGACUUUGACCCCCCCCCCCACCCCCUCCUCCUCCUCUGCCUCCUCCUUUUUUCCUCCUUUUUCCUCGGUCAUUAUCAUCUUUUUCAUCUUUUUAUAUUCACUUUUUCCUCCUCCUCCUCCUCCUUCUCCUCCUCCUCAUGAUGAAGAAUUACUACAGAAUAUUGUGUGCUGAUCAUGGUGUGUGUGUGUGUGCGUGUGUACGUAUGACUGUGCUGGGCUUGGCUGGGCUAUGUGUCACCCUGCCACACACACACACACACACACACACACACACACACACACACACAUUUCAUUUUAUUUCCAUUUCAAUUUUUUUUCUUUCCGUUUUUGUUACGUUUUAGAUCCCGUUUGGUUUGCUGUGAUUGUCGUUUGAAUAUUGCCAUUACCACAUUACUUUUAUUAUUAUUGUCAUUAUCAUUAUUUGGAGGCUGAGAAUGCAGGAACAGAGGAGGAAGGGGAGGGAGGAGGAAGCUUUAGAGAGAGAGAGAGAGAGAGAGAGAGAGAGAGCGAACACAUAUAUUAGUACGUGUGUUUGUGCUGCACUUAAAGAAAUUCGCUUUUUCCUCCUUUUCGCAUUCAUCAUCGAAAUUCAUCAAUAUAAUUAGUUUUAUCGACUCGGGAGACAGCUGAAUGAAUGAAUGUAUGUAUGUAUGUAUGAAUGUGUGUGCGUGUGUAUGUGUGUGUGUGUGUGUUUAGAGAGAGAGAGAGAGAGAGGUGGAGGCGGGUUGACUACUAGCCUUUAUGCCGUAGCCCAGCGACCACCACCACCACCACCACCACCACCAUGUCACUUGAUGAUGCUGAUGAUGCUGAUGAUGAAGGGCCAUAAGCAUGAGCCCUUAACACCUUAGCCAAUAAUAUUUGUAAUUACCCUAAUGUAAAAAUGUACUCUAAUGCUUACAGUGUGCUUUUAAAUUAAUGUAGAUGCAACUGUUCUUGUUCUUAUGUUCUUUCUUAAAUGGAUGUACUUUUAAAUGAAAUGUAGUAUAUGUAAUAAGUUUAUAGUAUAAUUGUUUUAAUAAAGAGCAGUUGUAUUACUGUCA